AAAUGAUCAUUCAUUUUUAAAUUUUAAAAUGGAUCACAAUUUUCUAAAAAACUUCAAGAGAUUAAAUACAUCAGGAGGCGAUCGUUCACAUUAUCGUGUAAGAGGGCGUGCAUCACGUUCAUCUAGAAUGAAAUCAUCGCUUAGCUCAGCUCAGAGAUUUACUUCAAGAAAAAAUCAAUCACUUGAAAAAUUACGUAAUGAAUUUUUCUCUACUAUUUUUGAAUGGGACCCUGCGUGGCUCAAAGAUAAACAAUUUGAAAGCACUCCACCGGAUGUUGUUGAUUCUUUGGAAAUUACUCCUACUAAAUUAACAUAUUCAGAUUAUGACGAGUAUUCAAAAAUUAUGCUGCCUCUUUUAAUUCAUGAAUUUUGGUUUACUUUGAGAGAAGAUUUCAUGGAGGUCAGAAAAAAAAAGUAUGAAAAAUUUAAAAGAUUAAUGAACGCAAAAAAUAAAAUUUAAUA